AUGCUCGUCGAGCGACCCUUGACAAACCUCGCCCCUUCGGCCAAGCAGCCGGCUGACGCCUUUGUGCUCAACAACGAGCAAGGCUUCGAAUGGUCGCUGCGUCUGCUCACCCCUUCUAUCCUCAAGAUCAACGUCACGGGGCCGAAGCACCCUCUGCCGCAACAGAGCAAUGUGCUCUGGUCGCAAAAGCCACUUGCCGUCCAGUCCAAGAUCGAUGCCGCCGCCAAGAAGGCCACCAUCAGCGUCGAGGGCCUCAGACGCGAUCUGACGGUGCAGUGGGAUGAUACGCCCAUCGUCGAGGUGCACGAGAGCGUCGAGGGCAGCUCGGAAAAGGUGCGUGUGUUUGGAGACACGCCGCACAAGUCGUACUGCUUCUCGGACAAGGGCUUCACGCGCUACACGCGCUUCAACAACCACAACCUGCACGUGGGUAUGGGCGAGAAGGCGGCACCGCUCGACCUCACCCACCGCUCGUUCUCGAUCACGGGAAGCGAUGCAGCGAGCUACGAUGCGUACCUCUCGGACCCGCUGUACAAGCACACGCCAUUCCUCAUGUCGUUACCCAAGCCCGUCGACGUCGACGGUAACGCUCAGCCGAUGACCUCGGUGGUAGGCAUCUACUCGGCCUCCAACUCGGACGCCAACUGGGACGUGGGCCGCUUCAUCGACGAGCCGUGGACCAUGUUCAAGAAAUACGCGCAGCACUGGGGCGGCCUGGAGGAGUACAUCUUCUUUGGCCAGCAUGCGCAGGAGGUUGUCUCGCAGUUCUCUGAUCUGGUCGGACGCCCUCUGCUCGUGCCCAGGGACUGGUUGGGCUACCUCGCCAGUGGUAUGGGUCUCGGCGAGAGCGAUGUGCCCAUCGCCCAGGAGCUGCUUUCGGGCUGGCCGGGCAUGUGCAAGCAGAACGACAUUCCCUGCUCUGCCAUCCACCUUUCGUCUGGCUACACGGUGGACGACGAGGGCAACCGCCUCGUGUUCACCAUGAACAAGAAGAGGUAUCCGGACUUUGCCGAGAUGGUCAAGACAUUCCACAAGGCGGGUAUCCGCGUGACGCCCAACAUCAAGCCGUACGUGCUGCAGGCGCAUCCGGACUACCAGAAGCUCUACGAAGCCGGUGCGCUGUUCACCGACCCCAACAGCGGCAACAAGCCCGUGGUGACGCGCAUCUGGUCGAGCCUGCCCGGCUUCAACGCGCUCGGCUCGUGGGUCGACCUUACGAGCAAGGCGGGCCGUGACUGGUGGCGCCGUGGAGUGCUCGAGCUGUGCGAGCUCGGUGUUGACUCGGUGUGGAACGACAACAACGAGUUCCUACUGUUCGACGAUGCCUUCGAGUGCAAGAACGAGCUGAUUGGCGAUGCCAAGACCGACGGCAACCGCACGGGCAAGCCCACACCCAUCGGUCUGCUUGGUCGCAUGACCAACACCGAGCUGAUGGCGAGGGAGUCGCACGAUGCUCUUGUUUCCCACCACCCCGACCGCAGGCCUUUCGUCUUGACGCGCUCUGCCAACGUCGGUACGCAGAAAUGGGCGGCCUCGACGUGGUCUGGAGACAACCGCACCAGCUGGCACAACCUGCGUGGCUCGAUCGCCAUGAACCUGAACGCGCAGAUGUCGCUCCUGCAGUCGUACGGUAACGACAUUGGUGGAUUCGCUGGUCCGCUGCCCAGCCCCGAGCUGUUCGUGCGUUGGAUCCAGUCCGGCAUCACGCAGCCGCGCUUUUGCAUCCACUCGUUCAAGCCGUGCAAGGAGGACCCGCUGGGAGUCAAGCUCAACAACCUGCCUUGGAUGUACCCCGAGGUGGUCGACAUUAUCCGCGCCACCAUCAAGCGCAGGUACGAGCUGCUUCCGUUCAUCAACAACCUCAACUGGCGCUCGCACGUUGCUGCCGAGCCCAUGAACACGUGGCUCGGAUGGGGCGAGUUCGCCUCGGACCCGGAGGUGUACAAGAAGGAGGUGCUCGAGGGCUUCGAUUACUGGAUCGGUCACGGCCAGCUGCUGAGCGCCGGUGCCUACCAUGAGGGCGAGCACUCGCGCCGCGUCUACCUGCCCGCUGCAGGCAAGGACGACACCAAGGUGUACUACGACACCAACGCACCCUUCCACAUCCACUCCGCCGGCAAGUGGGUCGAGAACGUCUCGACGCCGCUGUCGCACUUUGCGCUGUUUGCGCGCGAGGGUACGGCGGUGCCCGUGGGUCUGCCCAAGGUCACGCUCACCCAGGCUGACGGCAUCGCCACACUCACCGGCAGCGGCACCAAGAUCCUCACCGAGCAGGAGGGCGGCCAGGUGGUGCACGACGAGUGGCGUGGUGUGGAGCUCUUCCCCGCGCCUGCGGAUGCGGCCAAGGCCGGCACGUACGAGUACACCUGGAUCGAGGACGACGGUGUUUCGGCCAAGCCGGCCGUCGCCGAGAUCAAGCUCGAAUUCUCGUCGUCCAAGGACGAGGUGACCGUCAAGGCGACCGCGCACAAGAACGACUUCAAGCCGCUCUGGGGCAACACGCUCUGGAUCAUCCUCCCGCGCCCCGACACCAGGAGGGUUCAGGGCGCCACCAAGACCAUGCCGUACAAGGGUCAGACCGCCUACGCUAUUACCGUCGCCGGCCUCUGA